AUGCAACUUUAUUUCCGUCAAAUCGGUUUGCUGAAACUAAUGAUUGGGGAGGAGCCUAGACCGAAUGACCCCGCCCUUCAGGAAGAUUGGGACGAGCGCGCCUCGGCUGGCUACUACUUGAUGUCGCAGAGUUUGGAGCUGAACCAGCGUCACCACGUCAUGCACCUGCUGCCGGAGGUUGAGUGCGGUCCGAAGGCGUGGACCGUGUUGAAGGAGCUGCACGCCCCGACCUCCGUUGUUGCAACAUUGAUGCUGGAGAGGGAGCUGUCCGCGUUGCGCCUGAGCGAGGGAGAGCCGGUGCAACCUGUCCUGGACAAAUUGCGCGACCUCUACGCGAAAUUGGCGACCGCAGGAAUUACCUACCCGGAGCAAACAAAGUGCUUGAAGAUGCUCUCGCUGCUGCCGGAAUCUUGGCUUCAAUUUACGAGCGGAUUGAGCCUGCCGCAGAACCAGAGCUUGUGGACGCUCGAGUGGGUGCGGACGAAGAUUCUGGAGGAGGACUUCCGUCGCCGCCAACUGAGGGGUGGAGACGACGGCAGCAGCGGCUACGGGAUGCAAGGGAGCCGACGUGGCAAAGGACGUGGCUUCGGUGGUGCUGGACGCGGUGCAAAGAAAGACGACGACUCCAACGACCAACAAGGAGGUACCGGUUGGGGUCGCGGUGCGAAAUCUGGACGUGGGGGCAAGUCGGGUGCUGGUGGCAAAAUGAAAGGGAGUUGCUGGUAUUGUGAGAAGGAAGGGCACCCCUGGUUUUUGUGCUAUAAGAAACCCGAUGGAUGGACCCCCCAGAAUCGUCACCAGGAUGGCGGCGCGCGGAGGAACCAGAAAAACGGCGCCAACAUGGUCGCUGAUUCGUCCGACAACAACCCAAAGGGCAACGGCGGUGCGGAGAAGAAGAAGGAGCGCACCGCGGGCCAAUUCUUCCAUAUGGGAGACAAGGGGGAGCAAGGAGACGCAUCUGCUAAGGCUAGAGCAGAGCUGCACCCCCUGGACUAUUGGGUGUUGGACACAGGCGCUGCUUGGACAAUGACGCCGCGCAAGGACCUGCUGGACGACGUACGCGCUGCACCGAUUAAUGAGGUGUGCUCUGCCUCUGGACACAUGUUGAAGGUGGCUGGUGCGGGACGAGCUGCAUUUAAGGGAGCGGAUGGCAAGCCGGUGGUGCUGCACGACGUUCUCCUCGUCCCCGACCUGAAGGCCAACCUCAUCUCCCUCCGUAAGCUUGGCAAGGCUGGGGUGAACACCAACACGGAUGGGGCUCGCACUUAUAAGGGGAAGCUGGGCAAUCGGGUGCUUUGGGAUCUGCACGAGAGCAAGGACGUGUACAGAUCUAUGUGGCAGCUGCCGGCGCUGGCGUGGCACGGUGGAGGGCAGGCUGGAGAGGGGUCUGCAUCCCAGGGGGAGUGCAACGCCGUUGGAGGGGUUGGUGUGAAAGUGUCGGCCAGAUCUGGGGAGACAGAUUGGGCAACUGCACACCGACGUUUGGGGCAUGUGGCAAUGCCUUUGCUGAAGCAGCUGGAGAAGGAUGGAGCCGAGCAAAAAGCCGUUGGAGCUGGUCCACAUGGACUUGGUGGGGCCGCUGCCGGUGCAAGGGCACAAGGGGGAGCGGUACUUCUUAACCAUAGUGGAUGA